GCUGUGCAAGCACUUGAUGGCUGUGUGUCUUUUCGAUGGAUUCGGAACCGCCCAGGACCAGCCACGGGCAGCAUAUAUCUUUAAGCAGCUUGCUACCGACGACCACACCGACAGCCAGUUCUGGACUGGAAUGUGCUACUAUUGGGGACAGGGAGUCGCUGACGACAAUGACGCAGCAGUUGAGUGGUUCCGAAUGUCGGCCGAGCAAGGAAAUCAGUAUGGGCAGAACUACCUUGGGCUGUGCUACUAUUAUGGCCGGGGAGUCACCAAGAGCAUCGACACCGCUGUCUUUUGGUACCAAAAGUCUGCGAGCCAGGGAAACCAAGAGGCCAUCAACAAACUCAAGAUCAUCGGCAAGUGGUCUUAAUUCCCCGAUCGUCUCCCAACAGCAAUAUCGACCCACUGAACGUAUCAGCAAGCCGGGCAGCCAAACGGGCAGCAUGUACCAAGCGCUCGGGUACCAAGACUCAGUGGACUUGCAAAGUAGUUUCGAUCAAACCCCUCGAUCGAGUUGUGACAUUCAAUAUAUCAAGUAUACA